AUGACCCUCAAACCAAACGCCUUAACCACAGCACUUGAAAUUCGCUUUUGUUAUACCCGGAAACUGUUAGUCAUUUCAGCUUUUGACUGUGAGUUCCUUGGUCUGCCUUCUGCAUUGAACGAAUGUGCUUCGUCACUUUUCGAUACACCGUCUGAUCGCUACAGAAAGUUGCGUGACGCUGUGUGCCGAUUCCCGCCGUGCCAGCUGGGUCUGGUGUGCUACCAGGAAGGCGAUGAAGAAGCAAUAUAUCGAGCGGACGCAUUCUGUAUUACUCUCUUUAAAAGUAUCCCUCCGAAAGAAUUUUCAAUAUCAACUUCUGCAGUCACCUUUUUGGCUGAGCAUAAAUUUGACUUCAACAAAGUACGUCGAUGUGAGAUGAGUUUUUUCCCGAUAAUUCAAGAAAAUUUCAGCCCUUGCAAGCGCGAACAAUUAGAUGUUUGA